UAUUAUCACCACUGCAUUUCUCCUAAGUGUCUGAUUGCUGUUGUAAAAUCAGCUGCUUCAACACUGCAGAUUGAGUGACAACAUGAGGUCGAGCUCUCCUGCGAAGUUGUUCGUUGGGUGUAAAGUUACGAGCUCACAGGACACACCUCUAGAGGGAGUUUCUCUAGAGGGAGGUGGAAACAAGGAGCUGAUCACUUCUCCUCCUGCAGAGGAAAAAAAAAAGUCAGAAGUCCUUUCACUUGGAGAGGAGCGGUCGGUUCCGAGCCUGCAGGCCAGCAGUAGCCGCGGUGCCACGACAGGAACAGGAACAACAUGCCCUCAGAAAUGGGCAACUCUUUACGCGCGGCUGCCCUCCUGGCUUUCGUGGUUCUGUCCAUCUUGGUGUCACUAUUGAUCAGCAGCGUGCAGCAGUUUGGAGCGACGAUCUCUCACUCUAAUGCAACUGUUGCUGCUGGUGAUGAGGAGGAGCUGGAGUCGCUCCGCGGGGCGUUGAUUCACCAACUCAACCAGAGGCGAAAAGAAAUCAUUCCGCUGCUUUUACAACAUAAUGAGGAUGAAAGUUCUCUCCAACAUGACUGGACUCUGGAUUACAGCCUGUGGAGUGAGAUCACGCAUGGCUCCAGGAGAGCGCAUAUGGAUGAGCUGGACUGCGCCUCUCUGGUGGACAUGCAGGCGGUGGAGAUCCUCGGCUCCGGUUACACCAAGCUGGUUGUCAAAGUGCAUCUAGCCGGAGGAGGUCAGCCUGUGGCGUUAAAGUUGGUCAACGAGCAGGGCAUAGACAUGGGGAAGUGUGUGGAGGACUUUAGAGAUCCUCGAGGCUGCAGAGAGCUCGUUUCUUACAAAUUGAAGAAAGAAAUAGUCCUGUUGCAGAGGCUGCAGCAUCCAAACGUCAUCAAGCUCAAAGGUCACUGUGCAGGAGAUGCAGGAGGAAGAGGAGGAGAGGAUGGAAGAGUCACGGUCAUCCUGGAGCAGGGGAAUCCUCUCCAGAUGAUCCAGCUGCUCCAGAGUCCCUGGGAGGACCGAUUCAGGGUGUGUCUGGACCUGGUCCGGCUACUCCACUUCCUGUCCCAGUCUCCUCUGGGCUCCGUGGCUCUGCUGGACUUCCAGCCCCGGCAGUUCGUCACCGUGUCCGGCGAGCUGAAGCUCACGGACCUGGACGACGCCAGCGCCGAGGAGACCCACUGUCAGACGGAUGCAGACUGCACCCUCCAGUUUCCGCACAGAAAUUUCACCCUGCCGUGCUCGGCGCGGGGAGUGUGCGAGGGCUUGAAUGAGAAAAGGAACAUUUACAACGCCUAUAGGUAUUUCUUCACCUACCUGCUGCCUCACCAGGCCCCGCCCGGCUUCACACACCUGGUAGACCACAUCAUGAACUCCACAGGGGAGCUGAAAGCUGACAUCAAUCAAACGCUGGAGGCCUUUGAACACAUCCUCCUCCUCUACAAGUCUGGCCUGCACCUGGACAACCUGCCUCCAUCAAUAAUCAGAGAUUACACCGUGAUGCGAGGCAUGGGGACCUCUGGGAACGCCGAGUACCGCUGCUGGCCGUCCUACAGUCAGCAGGGCUGCGUGCUGUCAGUCCACAGCGCCAGAGAGGCGGCGUACAUCUGCAACUCCCAUUCUCAGUGCAACAGCUUCACGCUGACGGGACAGAAGACGUGGACGGGGCGCCUCCUGGCCUCUUUCAGGAGCAGCUUCAGUCAUCUGGUGCCCGAUGGGACAUCAGAGGUGUAUGUGAAGAAAACCAAAGCUCCCGAAGCGUCCACAGUGUGACGCGAGGACCAAACAGAACAAUCCUGUUUCAAGUCGAGCUGGAGUCGUUACUGAGCGGGAUGAGGGAUGAAACACAACACGCAAAAAUGUUGCGCUUAAGAACUCAUGUUGAGCGCCGCUCGGCUCUGUGGAUUUGCAGGAGGAGCGCAGAGGCCGGGGCCGAGGAGGCGUUUGAAGUGAGGCAAGUGAAUGUGAUGUAUUUAUAGGGCUUCUGCUCAGUGACUGUUUGAUCUGCCUGCCAGCUCACUGCCUCUGCCAACUACUAUUUAAAGGGAUUUCCCUUCAGGUACAAUUAAGGAGGGAGAGCCUUUUGCCCUCAACAUGUUUUUUUUUUCCUACCUUGUCUUUAUUCGCCAUGUGUGUUGGCUUUCGCUGUGAGGCCGAGGUCCCCGUAGUAGGAUUUUUUAAGCCAAAGAGGUAAUAAGAACAGCCGCUGAAGCUCAGCUAUUGAAGCCCGAGGACGAGAAAAGAAAACAAGCUCUUAUACAAAUACACUUUGAUGUUAAUGCGCUGAGGUUGCGGCUGUUUUUUCAUGGUUCCCUGGCUUAGCUGCGCUGUGGUACGAGAUGGCAACAACCAUGUAAGCAUUUCCACAUCAACAAUGAGCAAAAGAUGAUUAAAACCAUUCCAGAGCAGCCUGUUUUUACAUAGUUUAUAUUACUUAGUGCAUAAAUAUUUAUAUGAUCGAAUGAAAUGUAAUUGUUCUUACAUGAUUGUGCAUUAUAGCUUUAACGUGCACCUUGUGGGUGAAACUUUUUAUUUUCAAUGAAAAAUUAUUCACUUCAGUGUUUUUUUUAUACUUCACUUAAUUGUACAGUUUUAUAAUUUUUUAAUUAUAAAUGUAUUGUUUCUACUUUU